CCGAACACGAUCAAACUGAUCACCCGGCUUGAAUGCAAGGCAUGCAAUCUCUGUCACAUACCAGCUAGCAUAGCAACGACACAGAUCCACAGAGAGUUUGUAUUUAGCUGCACAGAUCGCGGUCAUAUUGUAUUUAAUGUUAGUCGUCACAGCGUAACUGCACUAUAAUCUAUAGAAAUAUAGAUCUACCACAUCGGAGUGACCAGGAUGGAGUGGCAGCCAGAUGAACAGGGUCUGCAGCAAGUGCUUCAGCUACUCAAGGACUCCCAGUCCCCAGACACAGCAACACAGAGAGCUGUGCAAGAAAAACUGGAGCAGCUUAAUCAGUUUCCAGAUUUCAACAACUAUCUCAUCUUUGUCCUCACAAGCCUCAAAUCUGAGGACGAGCCCACUCGCUCUCUGAGCGGUCUCAUACUGAAGAACAAUGUUAAGGCUCACUACCAGAACUUCCCUCCCACUGUGGCUGACUUCAUCAAACGAGAAUGCCUCAACAACAUCGGAGAUCCUUCACCGCUUAUUAGAGCUACGAUCGGCAUCCUGAUCACGACCAUUGCCUCUAAAGGAGAGUUGCAGACCUGGCCAGAACUGUUGCCUCAGCUUUGUAAUCUGCUCAACUCGGACGACUAUAACACCUGCGAGGGUUCUUUUGGAGCAUUGCAGAAGAUCUGCGAGGAUUCAUCAGAGUUGUUGGAUAGCGAUGCGCUGAACAGACCUCUCAACAUCAUGAUCCCCAAAUUCCUACAGUUUUUUAAGCACUGCAGCCCCAAGAUCAGGUCCCAUGCUAUAGCGUGUGUAAACCAGUUCAUCAUUGGUCGAGCUCAGGCUCUGAUGGAUAACAUUGACACCUUCAUUGAGAGUUUGUUUGCACUGGCCGGUGACGAGGACAGUGAAGUGCGGAAGAACGUGUGCAGGGCUCUGGUUAUGCUGCUGGAAGUCCGCAUUGACCGCCUCAUCCCACACAUGCACAGCAUUAUCCAGUACAUGCUGCAGCGGACCCAGGACCCAGAUGAGAACGUGGCUCUGGAGGCCUGUGAGUUCUGGCUGACUCUGGCUGAACAGCCCAUCUGCAAAGAGGCCCUGUCCGGGCACUUGGUCCAGCUGAUCCCUAUCCUGGUGAAUGGGAUGAAAUACUCUGAGAUUGACAUUAUUCUUCUAAAGGGCGACGUUGAAGAGGAUGAGGCAGUUCCUGACAGCGAGCAAGACAUCAAACCUCGCUUCCACAAGUCCCGCACCGUCACUCUGCAGCAUGAAGGAGGGGAGGGCGAGGAGGGGGAGGACAUCGAUGAAGACGAGGACGACGAUGAUGACACACUCUCUGACUGGAACCUACGGAAGUGUUCGGCCGCGGCUCUGGACGUUCUUGCCAACGUGUUUCGUGAGGAGUUGCUUCCCCAUCUCCUGCCCCUGCUCAAAGGACUGCUGUUCCACCCUGACUGGGUCAUUAAGGAGUCUGGCAUCCUAGUGCUGGGAGCUAUCGCUGAGGGUUGCAUGCAAGGCAUGGUACCUUACUUGCCUGAGCUCAUCCCCCACCUCAUCCUGUGUUUGUGCGACAAGAAGGCCCUGGUCCGCUCCAUCGCCUGCUGGACCCUCAGCCGCUACGCCCACUGGGUGGUCAGCCAGCCCCCUGACGCUCACCUCAAACCCCUCAUGACUGAGCUGCUCAAACGCAUCCUGGAUGGCAACAAGAGGGUACAGGAAGCAGCAUGCAGCGCGUUUGCCACCCUGGAGGAGGAGGCGUGCACGGAGCUGGUGCCUUACCUGAGCUUCAUCCUGGACACGCUGGUUUUUGCUUUUGGGAAGUACCAGCACAAGAACCUGCUCAUCCUCUACGAUGCUAUAGGAACACUGGCGGACUCUGUGGGACACCAUCUCAACCAGCCUGAGUACAUAGAGAAGCUGAUGCCUCCGCUGAUAGCCAAGUGGAACGAGCUAAAGGACGAAGACAAAGAUCUCUUCCCUCUGCUUGAGUGUCUGUCAUCUGUUGCCACGGCGCUGCAGAGCGGCUUCCUCCCCUACUGCGAGCCUGUCUACCAGCGCUGUGUCACCCUGGUCCAGAAGACACUGGCUCAAGCCAUGGUGAGCCCCACUCACAUGCACACGGACUUUGCAGAGAUGUACAGUCAGCAGCCAGACCAGUACGAAGCACCCGACAAGGACUUCAUGAUCGUGGCAUUGGAUCUUUUAAGUGGCUUAGCUGAGGGACUGGGGGGCCACGUGGACACGCUUGUGGCCCGCAGUAACAUCAUGACGCUGCUUUUCCAGUGCAUGCAGGAUACGAUGCCUGAAGUAAGACAGAGUUCAUUUGCUCUACUGGGUGACUUGACCAAGGCUUGCUUCCCUCAUGUUAAACCGUGUAUUGCUGAAUUCAUGCCAAUCCUCGGGACAAAUCUGAACCCGGAGUUCAUCUCUGUCUGCAACAAUGCUACCUGGGCCAUAGGAGAGAUCUGUAUGCAGAUGGGAGUGGAGAUGCAGCCGUACAUCGCUAUGGUUCUAAACCAGCUGGUUGAGAUUAUUAAUCGACCCAACACCCCCAAGACCCUGCUGGAGAACACCGCAAUCACCAUCGGACGACUGGGCUACGUGUGUCCUCAGGAGGUCGCGCCCAUGCUGCCGCAGUUUAUCCGGCCCUGGUGUACGUCUCUGCGGAACAUCAGAGACAACGAGGAAAAAGACUCUGCCUUCCGUGGGAUUUGCAUGAUGAUCGGUGUGAACCCAGGAGGCGUGGUGCAGGACUUCAUCUUCUUCUGUGACGCAGUGGCCUCCUGGGUGAAUCCUAAGGAUGAUUUGAGAGACAUGUUCUAUAAGAUCCUGCACGGUUUUAAGGAACAGGUUGGGGAGGAGAACUGGCAGCAGUUCUCAGAGCAGUUCCCCCCACUGCUGAAGGAGAGACUGGCAGCCUGCUAUGGUGUUUAGAUACUCUACACCCACCCAAGAGAGUGCUGCUUCACAGAGCUAUCCAUCUAUCAGACAUAUUCCUGUCACAUAUUCUACGAGAGAGAGAAAGAGAGAGAGCAAGAGAGAGAGAGACUUUCCUCGUGGCGUCACAGAAACCGUUCCUCUAGGAAGGGAGGAUUAGGGCUAACAUUUGUUUUCUCACCAGAGAGGAGGAAAUCGUAGAAAGACAAAAUCACACCCUCAGUUGUCCUCUUUGAGGUUUUGUGUGUGUAAAUGCGAGUGUGUCUGUGUGUGUGCAUGUGCAGUUUGUAAAUCCUCACUUCGGCAUUCUAUGUUAACAGUGUGUGAAAUAUGUAUUGUUUUGACAUGGUACCGAGUUAAAACUUGACUCCCACUGCAAUGUCCUUGGCACCUGUUAACUGUGUGUGUGUGUGUGUGUGUGUGUGUGUGUGUGUGUGUGUGUGUGU